UGGUCCGGCCGCGCCAGGGCGGCGCUCUGCUCCCCGGCUCCGGAGCUGUCCCUCGGCCCCUUGCCUGAGCGCCCGGGGGUCAAAGACAGGGACGAGCUUCUGGGCCUCAACAGGGCCCACGGGCUCCCUACUUCCCUUCUCCUUUUUGAUCUAACUUGCAAAAAGCCCGGGCAGGAGGCGACUCACAACAGCGUCACUAAAUCAGCUCGUCUCGCUGCUGUUCCCGGGAGGGGUUUUUUUUUUUUUUUUUUUUUGAUGGAUUAAAUUAAGCGCUUCCAUUUCCGUCCACCACCUGAUCGCUGCAUUAUAAAUCCAAACAGCUGAUCCGAGAGUCUUCAGAAAUUCAGGACCUUCUACAGCGGCUGCGGCAGAGCCUGGGAGCUGUCCAGUGCUGGCGAGAGACAACAGCCGGCCCUGAGCCGAACAAUAAGAAUUGCAGCGCACGGCGCAGGACGCGGGGCCGGGACCCGCAGCUCGGAGCCGCUCCCGGCCGCGGGGAGCUGUCCAGUGCUGAACUCGCGGGCGAUGUCUGAGGAGCCCGCUCUGUGCUGGUGACCCCGGGAACUCAGGGGGGCUUUGGAGCCGCGCUGGAGGUCGGCAAGACGGGCCCGGGCAGCCAGCCGCCGCCUCUGCCGCACCAAAGCCGCUGGAUCCCGGGUUGGAACAGGGACUGACUGCACCAGGCGGAGACUGGGCAUCUCCGCAGCGCGGCUCGGGGCUGGGGACUGCCCGGCUGAGCAAGCAAAGCCCUAAAGCAGCCGCAAAGCCAUAGCGCGCCAGGAGCUUUUUUCUAAUUGUAUUUUUUUAAAGAUUUUUUGUGUGUGUGUCGGGGGGGGGGUGGUACGUUUCUUUCCCCCUCUAAUAGCUGAUCCAGCAACAACCGGCCGGCUGCCGCGGUUCUCCCCCUCCGCUCGCGGUGAGAAACCAUGCCAAGAUCUUUCCUGGUCAAAAAGGUCAAACUCGAUGAUUUUUCUUCGGCGGAUCUAGAGAACUCGUACGGCAGGUCUAGAACGGACUUCAGCUCCCGGCUCCAUGACAAGGCAGGAUACAUCAGUGACUACAUCACCCCGUCGGUCUAUGAAGGCGAAAGCGCCAUCAAGGUGCCCUCGCCUGACCCGAUCUACCCGGGGGCGCACGGGGACUAUGGCGCGCCGGACUCGGACCAGCCCGACAGCCCGCACUCGGAGAUCGCGGCCGGGUACAUCAACGGGGACGCGGCGGUGAGCGAGGGCUACGCGGUGGACGCCUUCUUCAUCACCGACGGGCGGUCGCGGCGCAAGGCGGUGAGCGGGGCGCGCAGCCUGCAGCGGCACCGGUGCAGCGAGUGCGGCAAGACCUACGCCACCUCCUCCAACCUCAGCCGGCACAAGCAGACGCACCGCAGCCUGGACAGCAAGAUGGCCAAGAAGUGCCCGACCUGCGGCAAGGUCUACGUCUCCAUGCCGGCCAUGGCCAUGCACCUGCUCACCCACGACCUCAAGCACAAGUGCGAGACCUGCGGCAAGGCCUUCAGCCGGCCCUGGCUGCUGCAGGGCCACAUGCGCUCGCACACGGGCGAGAAGCCCUUCGGCUGCGCCCACUGCGGCAAGGCCUUCGCCGACCGCUCCAACCUGCGGGCCCACAUGCAGACCCACUCGGCCUUCAAGCACUUCAAGUGCAAACGCUGCAGCAAGACCUUCGCCCUCAAGUCCUAUCUCAACAAGCACUACGAGUCGGCCUGCUUCAAGGGGGCCGUCCCGCCGCUCAGCCCCAGCGAGACCUGACCGGGGGGCGGCCC